AUGAAGGUUGAGUGCAUCAUCUGCGGAGACUACAAGGGGACCAUGUCAUUCCCCCAGUCUCCGAUUACAAAAGAAUGUACACAUUUCCCCACGGCGUGCCUCAGGUGCUUACGAAAGAUGCUGAGAUCUGAACUUGAGCGAAAACAAUGGGAAGACAUCAAGUGUCCGGAGUGCGGCGCUGUUCUCCAGUACCAAGAAAUACAAAAGUUUGCAGACGAUGAUACAAAGAAGAAGCUGGACACGCUGAUCAUACAACGUGCCACUCAAGACGAUCCUAACUUUCUAUGGUGUUCGUCCGACUGCGGUUUCGGCCAGCUUCACGAGGGAGGCAGCGACGAGCCAAUCAUGAGGUGCAACUCAUGCAGCAACUUGACUUGUUUUCAACAUAAAAAGCCCUGGCAUAAAGGGCUGACAUGCGAGCAGUUUGAUGAACAAGAAGCAGCAUCAGCACGCCAUAAGAAAGAAGAUGCGGCCAGUACGGAGACCAUUAAACAAGUUACAAAACCUUGCCCCAAUUGCAAGGUUCAUAUCCAGAAGAAUGGAGGAUGGUGA